AAUAUUUGUAUGUUUUUUUCUUUAUAGAAAAUAAUAUAAUAAUUAAAAAGCGAAAACAAAAGAACACGUUUUGUAGCAGAUUAUGCAAGAAGUCAAAGAGAUUAUGAUACAAUUAAGAUACAGAGCUCGAGAUUUUCAACGCACGAUUCAAAUGGUUGCCAUAUUUGUUUUUGUUCUUAUCUUGUUGUACUUUUUUAAUGCAUUACCGAUUUAUUCAUUAUCAGGACCAACACCCACGCUUCCUGUUUCCGUGGAAACUUGUCAUGCUUGGGAGCCGAGCCAUUUGAUUCGUCAAAAGCAAUGCAAAUAUAAUUCACGCUAUCCGUUUUCGGAUCCGUUGACAGAUAAUGUCGGCGUUAGGUUUAAAAUUGGCGCUAUAGCUGAUUUAGAUGAGGAAAGAUCGAAAGUAGCUGGUGAGAAGUACAAAUGGAAAAGCUACUUUAAGACUGGUUAUUUAUCCAAAUUCAAAGGGAACACAUACAAAGUGGAAUGGAUAAGCCAAAUUACUCUGACGUCACGCUUGAAUGAGAAAGGGCGUGGUUUAGAACUGUCUGAGCUUUGCGCCUUCAACGGAAAACUAUAUACGGUGGACGAUAGGACGGGGGUCGUGUAUCAAAUAAAAAAUGGAAAAGUUAUACCUUGGGUUAUUUUAAUGGACGGUGAUGGUAGCACAACGAAGGGAUUUAAAUGUGAAUGGAUGACAGUUAAAGAUGGUGCGCUAUUUAUUGGUGGUCUUGGCAAAGAAUGGACAACAAAAGAAGGAAAUUUUAUUAACUAUCACCCGUUGUUUGUUAAAAGCAUUGACCAAUACGGAGGCGUUGUACAUCAUAACUGGACUGAGAAUUACCUUAAAAUUCGCGCCAAAGUUGGUAUAUAUUUCCCUGGUUAUAUGAUCCAUGAAGCUGUUAUGUGGAGUAGUAUUAAAAAACGUUGGUUUUUUCUACCACGUCGAAUGUCCAAGCAAAAAUACGACGACGUCGUCGACGAGAACCGAGGAACGAACGUGUUGAUUUCGUGCAGAGCCGAUUUUACCAAUCUAAAAGUGGUUUACGUCGGUGACUUAGUGCAGACUCAUGGAUUUUCAUCUUUUAAGUUUGUUCCAGGUACGAACGAUGAUGUAGCUUUAGCUUUAAAGACGAAAGAAGUCGAAGGGAAUAUUCAGUCGUAUAUUAUCGUGUUUAACGUCAACACUGGUGAUGUUCUCAUGAGUGAACAGUUCGUAGCUAAUGAAAAAUUUGAAGGUGUUGAAUUCAUAUAGUAUUGGUAUUUUUUUAAUUAAAUAUAUGCAUUCUUCUAUAGACCUUUCCCUAACCGUGAUUUUCGCUGUUAUAACUGAAUUGUAUUAUUCGUCUGUCUCACGCUUACUCAAAAUUAACGCCUGACUUAUGGGCGUCUUUCAAUUGUUUACGCCUAAACUCUCAUUUGACGGUAAGCAAUGAAGACCUAUUUAUUUUUUAAUGUGUUACAGAAAUUAGGACUUUUUAGUAUUUACAAACUAUUGUGGAAAUUUUAUUUUUUGUCGACUCAGCUUUCUAACCUAAUUUUUGCUUUCAUUUCUUUGAAUGCGUUUAAAAACAAAUUGCUUAAAAAGUAAACAAAGUUUUAAUACACGGGAGUGAGGUAUAGUUGCUUUAAUAUCAGACAUUUAAUAGUUUUUAUAUUUUAACUUUAUUUUUAACAAAUUUGGGGAAGGUCUAUUUAGGUUUUUUUAUGAUAUUUAUCAAAAAUUCUGCAUUGUUGUAGCUAGCUUCUUUAUAAAGUUCUUCCAUUUAAUGGGAUCACGGCUACUCUUAUGUAUGAUUGUUUUUUUUAGGUAGUUAGUUUGUUAUAAUAAUUUUAGGCGUGUUAUAGCUUUUUCUUACGUAAAUCACUGUUCAAACCAUAUUUCGGUAAGUCCGGCUGCUUUUUUAGUAGUUUUUCUUAUAUAAUAUUUAUGCUGGACAAUUCCCGGCAUGGUACGUAUUAGAUAACGUUUCUGACGGUAGCCUUCUCAUUUUCCAUUUGUUAAUUCACAAUUUGCUGAAAAUUGCGCAUUUAGUCGUCUUUGAAAGACACGUUGUUUGUUUAUUUUGUGGAAGCCCUUUUAUACCCAAUUUUCUGAACCUAAAAAAAUGUGCUGAUCUGUUUUCGUCGAUUAGAUCCAAGUCUCAAUAACGCAUGUCAAUAUGGAAGUAAAAUCAGAAAGAUAUUAUUCUAUUUCGUCAUGUAUCAUCUAUCAUGAUCAGCAUAUAUAUAUAUUUGUUAUUUGUUCGGUGCUUUUAAGACAGGUUGUGGGUGUGCAACAGGUUGUUUUAACUACAAGGGUUUUCGAAUUAUAAAAGUUUUAUUCUAAAGUGACCAAAAAUCUAUCCAAUUGAGUUUUUCGAGUUAAAGUUCGAAUUACAUGAUACUAUUUGCUAACGUUAACAUGCAUCCGUCAUAACAGUGAGAAUUAUGUGUACGUAUAUACAACACAGCAUGUAUUUAAUGUUGUAAAAGGGUUUUUAAACAGUUCAUGUGAGUUAAAAAUAAUAUUUAUUUCAUAUGUAAACUUUUGUAUUCAUAUAUUUUUGAAAAAUAAUCUUUUUUUCAAA